UUAUAUUGCAUGAAGCCCUGGCACGGGCUGCCGGCUCCUUUAAGCGUUAGGAGGGAGUCGGAGGCGAAGGAGCCGCUGGGAGAGAAAUUGGAGGAGGCAAAAAAAAAAAAAAGAGAGAGAGAAAAGGGGGAAAAAAACUGAGGAUCUGAAUCCGGCUGCGGGCAGGAGCUGCCGCCGGGAGGUGGGCACAGCGGCGCGCCCCGACGAAGCGCAUUACGUCGGCAAACGGCUCCGCUCAACUUGCCACCUGCACCGAGAGCCCCGCACCGCCAUGGACUGCUGCAACGAGGGCGCCUGCACGAAGCUGGAUGAGGACAUCCUGGACAUCCCCCUGGACGACCCCGACGCCAACGCGGCGGCGGCCAAGAUCCAGGCCAGCUUCCGUGGGCACAUGACCCGCAAGAAGAUCAAGGGGGGGGAGAUGGACCGGAAAGCCAAGGACGCCGAGUGCGCCAACAGCACCCGCGGCGGAGACCUCCGCAACGGCGAUUAGGCCCAGCUGGACUCCCCCUGCCGAGCCCCCCCGCCGCCGAGGAGCCCCUGCUUCUCCCCAUAGCACCCCAGCAUGCGUCCCCUGCCCUCCCCCUCCCCAGCCCCAAUAAAAGUCCCUGCCAGCGGCCGCAGUGUCCUUGGCUCCGAGG